GUCGGCUGAGGUGGUUUGAGGAGUGACAAUGGCGAGGAAGAAGGAAAAAACUUUUCUUCCGCCUCUCGACAGCGGAAAAAGCGUCGAGAGCGGUGGCAAGAGGACGAGAGAGUGCCGUGAAGGCUGUGGCUUCGUGGCUGUCCUCAAAUCCCUGUUGCGUCACAGCGCCUCAACGGGUGCGACAUCGGUAACAAUUCGCAUCGAUUUGGAGUAUCCGUAUCUGCAGAUCGCCGACAAUGGCUCUGGCAUUCCUCAGACUGGAAUUGGUGAGAUUGGGAAAACAACUUUUCUCGAUUUAAUUACCGCCGCCGAAGAAGUUUUAAUUGAAACAAUGACGAGGUCUAUGGAAAAAUCCGCUGUAAUGAAAUUCCGCAACAAAGUUUUAUUGGCGCCCAAAAACACGGCGCUACUUAAGAAGGGUGGCGAAACCUUUGGCUGGCUCCAGCCAUCAACGUCGACGUCCCACGGCGAGAGGCCAAAAGCAAUUCCGUGUAGUCCGCACCAAAGAGACUCCGUCGGGACGACCGUCGCAUUGACAAAUAUCCAAUUAUCACUCAAGGAGCGAAUCGAGCAAUUGGCCAGGAAAAUUGUCAAUCUCGUGCGGCAUUUCGCCAUUGUUCAUUAUCACAUGUCCAUCACGCUGAGGAACAUCAAAGGCAACAAGCUCCUCUUCGGCACCAAGAAGGCGAAAUCAAUUACGGAGAAAGUCGCAUCAAUUUACAAUUUGGACAACAUGGAAUUCGAUUCGAUCAGCAGGUCGAGCGACAGUAUUGCCAUUGAGAUAUUCUGGGGGAGGAAAUUCCACCAUUCGGCCGGCAUUCAGAUGGUCUUCAUCAAUGGCGAAGCGUGCUCCAAUGCGCGUCUCCUGAAGACCAUCAAGAGAGCGUGGCGCUGCGGUGGGAAGAAGCAUCCGGUGUACAUUCUCUGCAUCACAAUCAAGAGUUUGUGCGGCGGAAGUGUCGACAAUCUCUCCCAUGAUUCCGUCAUUAAGAACUGCAUUGAGGAGUGUGUGGUUAGGUGGAAGAACAGCUGCGAUAAAGAUGAGGAAGACUUCUUCUUCAACGACGACGACGCCAGCGAGCGAUCUGUCUAUGCUCAUCCGCAUCUCUGGGGAGAAUUGAAGAAGUUGAAUAAGAAGAAGAAUUCGGCAGAAAAUUGCUCAGUUGUCUUCAAAUCACCGGCGCCAGUUCCACAGCGGAUUGCAAAGUCCUUGAUCAAGGAUGUGACUCCUGCUAAUCCUCAUGCUAUGAAUCUCACGAUGAGUCCUGUGCGGAGUGCAAGACAGUACCUCAGGACGGAGGAAUCGUUCCCACUCACACGCCAAAGUAGAUUCUGCUUGAGUCCAUCUGCGCUGGUACAAAUUGAGCAAUUGAAUAGUCAGAGUGGAAGGUCGAGAAAUGAUAGCAAAAUAGCUGAAACGAAGGAGAUAAACUUCGUUGAUUUGUCGCCCAUCAAACCAAUUUACGACAGUCAAUUUCAUGCACAGCAGAACGGACAGAAUGAUCCAAGAAGUGAUCCUCAGUUAAAAGAGCAUCUCGUGAGUGGACUAAGCAAUCCUUUGGGCAAUCAAGCCAGAAUGUCAGAAAAUAAUCAUAGAAGACAACAAAAGUGUGAGUCAAGUUUCUUCGAUUGGUCGUCCGACAGAACGAUUUCCUGGGACACUUAUUGUCGUGAACAGCAGAAUGAUUCUCAGUUGAGAGAGCAGCUCUUGAGUGGAAAUCAGAGCGGAAGGUCGGGAACAACACGCAGGAGAGUUGAAACGAUUCGCUCAAGAUCGACAAGAUUCAUGGAUUUUUCGCCCAUCGGAUCGCUUUUCUGCGACAAUCGCCAUGAACAGCAGAAUGAUUCUCAGUUGAGAGAGCAGCUGGAUAUGCUCAAGAAUGAAGUGAAGCGACUUCGCAGCUCUCAGCAAGAAUUGCAGAAGAUCAAUCAGGAGUUAACUUCGGGACAAAGGAACAGCCAAAGGGAUGAAUAUGCACCUCAGAGGAAGAGACAGCGUGAAGAUAAUGGGCAGGUCAUCAUCUACAACUCUCGAGUGACUCUGUUCACUGGCCAGAAUGCAAUACCAUAAGUUUGACAACGACAAUCAAUUUCCACAUCUCUGAAGAUAUCAGCUCAAUUCUAGGAAUUUAGUGUUUUUUCUUACAACACAUGUUGAAGAAAUGAACUCUCACAAUUCAUCUGAAAUCUUUCAUUACACUCAAUCGAUUAAAAAAGUCAUUUGUGAAGUAUAAAAUAUGAAUUAUACAAUUUAAAAUGAAGUAAAUUACCAAUUAAAAAUCGUUUAGUUAUUAAGAUAUUAUAAUUUCAGCCAUUAAAUUAUCUUGGGGUGGUGAAAUAAUCAAAUAUCUGGAUCGAAUUGGUUACUU